UAUAUCCGCCUAUCAUUACAACACUCAUAGACACACGAACGCGCGCGCGCACGCCUGUAAUUAGCGCAUCUAUCUCUACGAUGUAUUUAAAUAUAUUUAUUAAUCCUAAAUACAGACGCAAACCAACACAAUCACCACAAGCAGAACACACAUCAAGGCAUUUGAAAUAGCAUACACAGUGCAUGAAUCUGAAAGUCCAAAGUCAGAGUGUGAAAGCUGAGACGUUAGGGGAGGUGAGGAGAGGACGUCAUCUUGCGGAAACGAAACCUAAGCAGGUCUCUUUCAGAGGGAAAAUAAAACGCAUUUAAGAACAAAUAGUCGGACAGACAGAAACGACAACAACAGAAUGGCCUCUGGCAAUACCUCCUGGUCUGAAGAUAACUUUUCAUGUCCCAUCUGUCUGGAUGUGUUCAGCAGUCCAGUUACCACACCAUGUGGACACAACUUCUGCAGAACCUGUAUUACAAAGUUCUGGGAUGAACAAGUCCAGUACAAAUGUCCUGUUUGCAACGAGCUUUUCCACACCAGACCCGAUGUACGGGUCAAUACCUUCGUAUCAGAGAUGGCUGCUCAGUUUAAAACGUUCGUAAGAGUAAAAGAGCAGCCUUGUGUUGAACCUGGAGAGGUUCCCUGUGACGUCUGUACUGGGACCCAGCUGAAGGCCGUGAAGUCCUGCCUAGUGUGUCUUAUCUCAUACUGUCACACCCACCUGGAGCCACAUCAGAGAGUCAGAGGCCUGAAGAAACAUCAGCUGGUCGAGCCUAUGGACUGUCUGGAAGAAAGGAUGUGUAAGAAACAUGAACGACUUCUGGAGCUCUUCUGUAGGACAGAACAGGUGUGUGUGUGUCAGUUCUGCACAGAGGGUGACCACAGGUCCCAUCCUGUUGUACCUCUAAAGGAAGAAUAUGAAGUGAAGAUGGCUCAUCUGGUAAAAAUAGAGGUUGAAGUUCAGCAGAUGAUCCAGGAGAGAAAACUAAAGAUUAAGGAGAUAAAAGACACAGUAGAAUUGAGCAAGAAACACGUAGACAAAGAGAUAGCCGAUGGCUUGCAGGCUCUCACCGCUCUGAUGCGCUGCAUUGAAAAGUGGCAGGAUGAUUUCAACAAAUCGGUUAAAGAGAAACUGAAAUCCACAGAGGAACAAGCUGACAAACUCAUCAAAGAGCUGGAGCAGGAAAUCGAGGAUCUGACCAAUAGAUGCUCAGAGGUGAAGCCGCUCUCACACACUAAAGACCACCUCCACUUCCUCCAGGCCUUCAGAUCCCUGAAGGAUCCUCCACCCACCAGGGACUGGACGACGGUGGUGGUCCGUCCUCCGUCAUACAUAAAGACCUUGAGUAGAUCCCUGGAUCAGCUGGAGGAGGCACUGAACAUGGAGAUGAAGGAGCUGCGUGAUGCUGAACUCAAGAGGGUCCAGCAUUAUGAAAUAGAUUUGACUCUGGAUCCUGAUACAGCUCAUCGCUUUCUCAUCGUGUCUGAGGAUGGUAAACAAGUACAUUUUCAAGGUGUAAGUAAGACUCUCCCAAACAACCCGAAGAAAUUUACAGUGUAUCUACUUGUUCUUUCGAGGCAGAGCUUCUCAUCAGGGAGAUUUUACUUUGAGGUCCAGGUUAAAAAUAGGACUUCAUGGCGUUUAGGAGUGGCCAGAGAGUCCAUCAACAGAAAAGCAAACAUCCCAUUCACCCCUAAGAAUGGCUGCUGGAUGAUAUCAUUCAACAAGGAUGAGUUUGUAUUUCAUGAUGACCCUGCUGUCCGUCUCCCUCUUAGAGCUAAGUUCCAGACGGUGGGGGUGUUUGUUGAUUAUGAUGAGGGUCUGGUCUCCUUCUAUGAUGUGGAAGCCAGGGUUAAUAUCUACUCUGCUACUGGCUUCAACUUUAGUGAGCCUCUCUAUCCACUCCUCAGCCCAUGGUCACCUUACUUUGGUUUUAGAAUCUCUGUCCCCUUGAUCAUCUCACCUGUCAAUCAAACAGACUAAGACACUGGUUGAUAAACCACAACAAACAACCACAACAUGAUGAUAUUUCCUGAAUAAUCAGCCAUUUUAGAUCUGAGAGAACUGCAUCAAUGUUGUACUGUUGUCAUUUAACAAGGAUGGAAAUAACUAUGACGAUUGUAAAUAGGCUUAUAGCUAUUGUAUAUCCCAUUAUAUUCUUCAAUGUGUGUUUUUCUCCAUAUUUUUUCUGUAACAUUACAAAUGGUUUCAGUUACGUGGAACAACUUUGGAGGAUACAGAUUUUAAUAACAUAACAACAUAACUAUAGGUUGUAUAGUUUAUAUAUUUUGGAAUCAUAAAUAAAUACCCAAUUAAAUCUAUUAAAUCUGAUUUCAAUAAAGAUUGCGAGAAAUGUCGGUA